AUGGCACUUAUUGGUCUAAUCUUCGCAAUAUUCCUACUGAAUCGAGUUAAGCCGGAGCAAAUAAGCAUAACCGCGUUGAACUCUGACGUAAAUACUUUACCAGAAGGCGCCGACGUUGUUUUUGCUUUGCAAAUCCGACAAAUCCGGACGACAUCGGAAGCAACGCCCGCGGCCUCCGCCGGAAACAAUCUAAAUGUCGUUGGCGCCACCGCCUCCGCAACCGUGCCGCCAGCACUCGGGAAAUUUCAACCAAUCUCGACAAUUUACUCGUUUGCAAAUAAGAAAAGCCCAGAUAAAAACGAUGGCGACGGAAAUGUCAAAUCACCUUUACCGUUUGAUGAAAGAAAAACAGAAAAUCAAGAGACUGUGUUUGCGGAAAAACGUGACAAUAAAGUAGUGAAGUCUUUGCCUUUGAUUUGGGACAGCUGCAGAGAAACUACAGGAAUCAAUUAUGGAGAAAUACAACGAAGUAUGUCAAAAAUUCAAAGUGAUAUGGAAACGGCACGAAACGAUGUUCAAGUAGAAAACCUAAAACAGAACGGUAGUAUUUGGAACGGUAGUAAAAGACAUACUAAUGCAAAUAGCUCUACAGCAAUGAAACUUUGGUUGGAGAAGUACAAUGAUUUAUUAAAAAGUCAGGUUGAAGAACGGCGUCAGCAAAAAUCAGAAUCCGUUCUGAUAAAUAAAAUUACACCAGUCUCAAAUACAGAAGCUCCGACAAGCACAACAGUAAUAAUAUUGCCCAUAACGAGAGAAAUAUUUAAGGAUCCAGUAAACCUAAAUGUCUCCAUAGACCCUGUAACCGAUAUCAAUAUUAAAGCAAGUCACACAGAAGACUGGUUUGACGCAAAGGACAGGACUAAAAUAAGAUUUAGUGGGCUGCCUCAAACAGAAACUUAUCUGAUACCGACACUCAAACUGGAAGAGGGAUUCUAUCCAUUCGGUUUUAUGUCUGAGUUUUUUUCUUUGAUAUACCCAUUUGACUUUCCAAUCGGUCUAAUCAAGGACAUAGUUUGGGGAAAAUUUACUUUUCCCUACUCAUUCUUACAGUCAAUAAAAGUGGAGUCAACAUUUCUGGGCUUCAUCAUAGUGUUUGCGUGUAUAGCACUGGUGAUACCUUCCUACCUUCUGAUCCUGGGCAUGUUAUCACUUCUCUCCAAGUCCAACUGCGAUGAUGAGAUGGAAACUGGAGCCUUAUUCCCCGAAGCGGAGGAGUCAGAUUGCAAUGACAGAAUCGUGGUGGUUAUGACGUUAUUUGUCGUGGUGGUGAGCUGUAUAUUCAUAGCCGGCAUGGCUGUGAGCAACGAACAGGCCCGAAUAGCUGCCGAAGAGAGCCGAAACGCAAUACAUUGCGGGUGCGCCGAUGUGGCCGCGUGGCUUGCAGCUGCGGCGCGGGAUCUACACCACAGUCUUGUUGCUCCAGUGGACCUUGUUCUGCAAGCUUAUAGGGAAGAUUUGAGGAAUGUAUCAGUGUUGCUAGGAGAACCAAUUCAGCAAGCAAUAGCAUCGGAGAGUGGAAUUGACAUGGUGCUUGACUCAUUGGCAGAUAUCAUAACAGAAAGCGAAGACGUAGCGACAAAAAUUUCGUCACUCCGCGAUAUGAGUAUGAGAGCUGGUUCACUUGCGUCUGCAGCGUCAGACAGGAUCAAAGAUUUGGCUCGUCAGUUGGAAAAUAUGAAGAAACACUGCACUAUGAAGGAUGCGCCGCUCUGUGACACCAUCAAUACGGCUUCUUUAGAAAUGGAAAUGAAAUUUGAAUUGAUACUGCAUGAGCAACAAUUAUUAGAGCUGCGAGCUUUAGGGGUAGAAAAUCUAACCGGAGCCAUAUCUACUGCGCGUGAAGAAUUUCGUACCUUGCCAUCUGCUAUAUCAGCACAAACAGUUCGAGUCCGGGAAGAUAUAAUCCGAGACAUAGAGUCUCGAAGGCAACACGUCCAUGCUUCGUCGCGAAUUCUGGCAGAUAUAGUGAGGCAUUUGACAGCCAGUCUACAUUCAGCAGUGAGACAGAUGGAAACUGCACUUGAAAGAGCACAGAAGUAUGAGUUCUGGCGGUGGGCGAUAAUGUUGGCGUGCAUAGUGACAUUUGUAUUUGUGAUGACACUAAUCCUAUUCGCCAUGCUAUGCGGAUGUGGUAAUGUCAAAGACCACGCCAAAAGAACUUUACAGGUAUCCUCUGUAUGGUUGUGCUUCGCUUCCCUCAUUUUAUGGAGUAUGAUAUCCGCCAUAUUCCUGAUAACGGGUCAUGCUGAGGUGUACGUGUGUCAUGCUUUGUGGGACUACCCUCAAUACAACACACUAUCAGCCCUGUUAGACAAGCCGUCACCUCUUCUGCCGAACAAUGAAGGAGUAUUCGAUGCACUGUUUAGAGAUUUGGAAAACGUUACCAUUGAUGUAUCCGUUAAAGACGUUCUGAGAGACUGUGAAAAAGACCAACCAGCAUAUCUCGUCUUCCAGCUUGAUAAAAUACUAGACGUGAACAAAGAAACAUCUUACUUCGAAUGGGAAGACCUCCAGACGGACUUAGGGAGGCUUGCUUCGUCUUUAGAUGUCGGAUUUCUUAAAACCGUGUCGACUUACUUCAACAAACUACUCAAUCAAAUGCUGGUUGUUUCGGACGUUGACUUGGCUAAAUACAGAAUGGGUUACAACGGGCCUAUAGUUGGAAAAGAUCUGCCAUCGCUUGCAGACCAAUUGGAGAACAUUGCAGCCCAAGUAUCAGAUCUGACUACCGCUGGAAGGCUGGAGACCCUAACAACAAGAACCAAACGUCUCUACAUCACGAAUAUAAAACCCCUAGAACAGAUAAGAGCAGACAUAGUCUUCAAGUUGACCGAGCUUGAACUUCAACUAAUGCCAUUUAGAAGGAAAUUGAACAUUUCCCUGAGCCACAUCCAUACAGCACAGUUUUAUAUUGACAACCAAGGCGAUGUCAUCGCUCAUAAGAAAGUAUCAAUGUACGUGACCCGUCUGAUCUCCCAUGCAGCUGCUUGGAGGACUCACGUCCUCGUGUCUACGGGGAAGGACGCAGCAAAAUGUCGACCCUUGUUUGCAGUGUACUCGGCCUUGAGAACCUUGCUUUGCACCAGAUACGUUGCGUCCUUGCACGGCUGGUGGGUCUGUGGCUUACUCCUUGGACUGAUAUGGUGUACCACACUGACUCCGCUGUGCGUCAAAAUGUGGAGAGUGUAUGGCCGGAAGAUCAGAGCACAAGAAGCAAUGACGCUUGCUAACUUGGGACAACAAGAGACGCCUACGACGGCAAUGUGCGGGGACGGCAGUAACUGGAACACUCCAGGACCACCAGCGCCACCACCUAGAAGCGAUAGUUGGUGAUAAGAAGAACAUCGUUGCUAAAAAGCACAAAAUUCUGUACCAAACAUAAUGAUAGCAUAUAUCGGGCGAGGCAACUUGACACGUCGCGCUCGUAACGAAGCAGUUAUUAUGAUCAAUGCCCUGACAUAAGUAAUCGUUAACAGUGUCCAAAUAAGUCUGUAUAGCUAUAGUCACUGCCCAAAAAGGUUCCUCAGUGUUCAAAUUGAUUCGCUGCGAGCUUGCGAGCAAAUAUAUUUUUACUUAUUGAAAAUUUAUCACGCAAAUCUCGUUUUCACAAAAAAUGCUUAAUUGUUCUGUUAGAAAGUUUAGAUUUGAUUGCAGCAUCAUUGUUUUCUUUUUAUCUAGACUGUUGAACUUAAACCAA